AGAUUGGAGCAAUUUGCCUAGAUAUAUAUAAUGUUUACAAUUCUCUAUAAGACAAUUGGUAAACAACCUCAAUAUGGCAGAGCAACCACCUUUACCCAAGAGAAUUGACAGUCUUUCAGAAAAGUUGGUACCACCUAUUCCACCAAAGCCAGUCUCCCGAUCACCGUCAAAGCGGUUGAACAAAAUGGCCACUUCAGAAAAUCUUGCUGCUGACUCUGCAAUGUCUCAAAAUUUUGAUGCCAAACAUCACUACAAAUCUUGUUUUAAAACAUUUCAAGAAUUUUAUAAAAAUGGCGAUUUGUUUGAUAUAGAAUUAAAAGUUGGAGAUACCAAAUUUAAAUGUCAUAAAAUUGUGUUGUCAUGUGUCAGUGAGUACUUCAGAGUUAUGUUUAUGUCAGAAAUGUCAGAAAGUCAACAAAAAUUUGUCACUAUUCAUGACAUAGAGGAAAGUGCAAUGUCAAAACUUAUAAAUUUUGCCUAUACUGGAAAAAUAACAUUUACAAUAGAAACAGUGCAGCCUAUUUUGUAUGCUGCUUCCAUACUGCAGAUAAAUACUGUUAUUGAAGCAUGCUGUCAGUUCAUGGAGAAUCAUCUUCACCCUACCAAUUGUAUUGAUGUACACAAUUUUGCAGAACAGCAUAAUCACGCAGAACUAAUGAAAAUGGCUGAUCAUUACAUUCUUGACAACUUCAAUGAUGUUGUUGAAACUGACGAAUUCAAAGACAUGUCUUUCAAUCAUCUUGAAUGUCUUGUGAAGUCUCAAGACUUAAAUGUUACAGAUGAAACACAAGUAUAUGAAGCUGUCCUUAAGUGGGUCAAAGAAGACCCAGAAAGUCGUAAAGCUAAUAUGUCCAAAUUGUUAUCGCAUAUAAAACUAGCAUUGUUAAGUCCAACCUACCUUGUGGAGAAUGUGGCCAGUGAAGAGUUGGUGAAGAAAGAUUUAGAUUGUAGAGAUUUACUUGAUGAUGCUAAAUCCUAUCAAAUGUCCUUGGCAAGUCUUGUAUCCAAGGUCAGACCUUCAGAACAGACCAGACCUAGGAAAAGUUGUGCAGGCGUUUUGUUUUGUGUUGGUGGCAGAGGAGCUUCUGGAGACCCAUUCAAAAGUAUAGAAUGUUAUGAUCCUAGAAAUGACAAAUGGUUUGGUAUCACGGAGAUGAUGAACAGAAGGAGACAUGUCGGGGUUUGCUGGACAGGAGGUCUUUUGUACUCUGUUGGAGGACAUGAUGGAACUAAACAUUUGAAUACUGGGGAAGUAUUUGAUCCAAAAACUAACAAAUGGUAUAACAUUGCUGCAAUGACUACUCCUAGACGUGGUAUUGCCCUAGCCCCUAUGGGAGGAGCUAUAUAUGCUGUAGGAGGUUUAGAUGACACUACAUGUUAUGACACAGUUGAGAGAUAUGAUCAUGCCUGUGACAAGUGGACAUUUGUAUCCUCUAUGAAUGUCAGGAGAGGUGGAGUUGGAGUCACAUCAUUUAAUGGUCAUUUAUAUGCUGUUGGAGGAAAUGAUGGUACAUCUUCAUUGGACAGAUGUGAGAAAUAUGAUCCAAUCAUGAACAAAUGGAGCAGUAUAGCUAACAUGGAAAGACCCAGGGCUGGUGCUGGUCUCUCAGUUCUUGAGGGAUAUGUAUACGUCGUUGGUGGAUUUGAUGACAGCUCCCCUUUGAAUACAUGUGAACGGUACAACUGUCAAACAAACAAAUGGGAGAGGAUGGCAGACAUGACAUGUGCUCGUGGAGGAGUGGGUGUGUCUACUAUGGCAGGGAAAGUGUUUGCUGUGGGUGGUCAUGAUGGAUUUAAUUAUCUCAGUUCUGUAGAGGCAUAUGAUCCUAUUAAAGAUAGUUGGACAACAGUAAGCAAUAUACAGCAAUGCAGGGCUGGAGCAGGAUUAGCUUUUAGUGAAUGCUCUCCAAAUCUAUUAGUGAACUCACAAGUCAACAACAUUGAGAAGGAACAAGGGUACUAGGACAUGUUUAUUGUAUUGGGAGUGAAUUAUUCUGUAAUGCAUCUGACUAAGUUUUAACAAGCUUGCUCUUUUGUUUGAAAACUCAAAGCUUGUUUCUAUUUUUAAGCAUCUCUAUUGUUAAACAGUAAUUUGUAUGCACUUUGCAUUAUUUUCUAUUUAUGUGGUAUUUCUUUUGAAAGACAGAACUUUAUUUACUAACAUUGCAUAUGAGGAUUUUUUUUUUUAUGGGAGAAUUUGUUGAUCAUUUUAGAAGUAUUUGAAAGUAAAAUUAUGUUUGGAAAGAUUUUUUUUAAUGUUAAUUUUCAUAGGUAUUCCAAAACGUACUGCAUGUUAUACAUGUAUUCAUUUACAUGUUAACACUUAUUUUGUAUGGUUUAACAAAUGGGUUUAUCUCUAAAUAACUCGAGAUAACUUUUGUUUUAAGAAACUUGUGAUGAAAUUAAUGUUUUCAGAGAUUAUUUUAAGAAGAAAAAAUAUUUAAUUGGUUAUUGAAUCAUGAUAAUAUAUUUGUUGAAUAACUAUGGUACAAUAUGAAUAAACUUGCAAUCCUUUAUUGUUUAGCCUGUGACAUUUUGUUGUGGAAGUGAGACAUAGUUAUCCUACAUUCUGUUGUUGGCAGUAUCUACAUUAUGUGGAUAAAGUUUUUUUAGAUGUCAAUAACUUUGUCAAACCUUCUUUGUAUUUACUAACUCUUGGAUAGAAGCUUUCUUAUGAUCAUAUAAAGACCGUAUGCAGUGUAAAAAAAAAUUUUGUUUUUUUGUUUUCUGUAUUUUACUGAUAAAGUUUUUAAUGCAGUUAACAUUAAGAAGCUGUCUAUGGUAAUAGAUUUUCAGACAUCAAAUAACUUUGUCAGACCUUUAUAGAAUUUUAUGAAAUUUUGGCAAAAGCUUUAUUUUGAUUAAGGGAUAAUGUCUGAGUCAAACUUUUAUAUAUAUUUUAUUUUUCCAUAUUUUACUGAUAGGUGGACUUAGUAUGUUUUUCAGUUAACAAUUACAUACCGUCUGGGUUUACAUUUAUUAUACAAUGCUACUUUGUUAAACCUUCAUGCUUUGAAACUUUGAAAUAAGGUUCUUCAAGAUCAAGAAAUAGUAUAUGAAGAAAAAUUUUAAUUUUUUUGUAAUUUUUCGGUAUUUACUGAUAAAUGGACUUAGUUUUUGUCAAAUUUAAUUCACCUUUACAAUAAGAGCAGCAAUCACAGGCAAGACAUAGAGUUGGGUUCUGAGGUACCCUUUACAAAUUUUUAUACUGAUAUCUCAAUUGCACUCUGCAAUAGAAAGCAAGAGACAGAAACAAAAUGACUUGAAUGCAAUGACUUCGCUCAAGAAAGGAAAUUUUAAUACAUGUAGUUAGUACCUUUAUUGUCCUAUUUUUGCCAACUGUGUUUUUUAAGCAGUGUUUUUUUUUCAAAUUUGUUUCGUACUGUUAUUGUUAAUCUUUCCCAACAAGCCAAUUUUACAAAGUUUGGGAAUCAUGCAAAAUCACAGUCUAUAUAUAACUGGUGUUAUGUAACUAUUGUGUGUAAAAAAAUCCAAACAUAAGUCUAUCUCAGAUCUUGUUAAUUCAGUGACUUCAGAAAGUUGUUUUUCUUGAAUAAAUCAGUACAAUUACUGAACAAUACACUGAGGUAAAAAUUACUCUGUGCUUGUAAUUUUUAUACUGUCCAGUUUGGUUGUAUACUUUAGCUAGAAUUGUCUGGUAUCAGUAAAAAAUAUUAUUUUUUUUCUUGUCAUGUGAUUUAAUAUAUGAUGUCAGCACACAUAACAUGUCUUCACCACACAAAUGAAACUGUUGUUUCAAGAUUUUGAAGAAUUACUUGUCUAUUUAUUAACCUACACAAUUUCUUAGCUCACUAAAUGAAGUCAUACACAGAAUGUUUAUUUUUUUUUAUUAAAAAUCACUUUCAUAAGUUGGAAACAUGAUAUAGAAUUCAAAAUAAUAAACAAAAAAUAAUGAAAUGAUGCUAUAUAUUUAUAUGAAUACUUUAAAGUAUAAAUCAAUAUAUAUUUUUUUAUAGCAAAAUAUCUGUUGUGUGUCGAAAGUAUCUGGCAAAACUUUUAGGAAUUUUUGGUCCUCAAUGCUCUUCAACUUCGUACUUUAUUUGGCCUUUUUAACUUUUUUUGAUUCGAGCGUCACUGAUGAGUCUUUUGUAGACGAAACGCGCAUCUGGUGCAAAUACAAAAUUUCAAUCCUGGUAUCUAUGAUGAGUUUAUUUGCACAUUGAAAAAGGUUUUUUUUCUGACUUGUUACAUUUUUCCCCAGACAAUACUUUUUUCCUAAAUUUUUAUGUAGCAAGCUUGUUUAACAUGUUUUCAAAGGGAAGGGAAAGCUAUUUAGUGUUCAUUUUCUUAUGUAGAUUUUGAAGGAAUUACAGGUACAUUUAUUAUCACCAGAUGUUUUUUUGCAGACCUAAUACCUGUAGGCCUUAAAUAUUUUAGAUUUUUUUUUCCAUUCUAUUAUGCAAACAUGACUGAAGGAUAUCAAAAUAUGGACAAAGUCAGUUUGUUUAUCUAUGAAUUUGUCUAGCUCAAGCACUUAACAAUAUUUCCAUUGCUUUGAGAGAAUUUCAAAAGAGCUCCAAAAGGUAUGCUUAAAAAGUUUCUUUACUUCAAAAAGUUUGAUGGUAUUUAUUUUUAUGAAGAAAUGCAUUAUAAAUUGUAUCUUGUUCUCAAAGCUAUCAUUUCCUAACUUAUCUUUACUUAGCAGAAUGUCAACCUGCUGUUAAAAUUACUAAUGCAUGUAACUAUUUCUCAAUUUUGUAAAAGGAUCUAUGAGAAGUGUUCACAAAUUCAGUUUUAAGAUAAAAAGAGAAUUAUAUUAUACAUGAACAUAUUGUAUAAUCUCCUCUAAUCCCCUUCUCAAUAUAAAAAAGUAAAUAGGACAAAACAGCACUUUCUAAAGUUUUGAAAACAGGGCUUUGGAUUACAUUCAUUUAUGGUAGAUUCAGAUGAAUGGUAAUAAUAUCCAGUAAAAUCCAAUGAAUUUCAGUAAUAUUGUCAGGUGGAUAUCAAUAAUACUCAGCUAAUGUAAUUUCAUUAUAUACUGUCUAUAAUGUUUUCAAAACAAAAUUGUGUACAUUAUAUUGAAUUCCACAUUGUGCUUGGAUUUUUCUAAAUUUUUAAUCAUUAUAAGUUUUAAAUUUCAUUUCAGGUGAAUAAUCAUUAUGAAAAACCUUGUUGUAUAUAAACAGGAAGAUAACUGACACCAUUAUAUCUUUAAAGAAAUACAUUACUACACCAAAUACAGUCAUUAUCUGAAAUGAAUGAGGAAUUUUAAUUUGCAUUGUGUGUUGCUGAUAUAUUUUUAUACCCCUGCUUUAAAAAAGUGGGGGUAUACUGUUUUACCUCUGUCUGCCCGUCAGUCCGUCCCAUGAAUAUUUUUCGUUGCGUUUUUCUCAGGUACUACAUGACAAGGAUUUCUGAAAUUUGAUUCAAGGUUUAUAUGAGUGAGCUAUACCAUGUGAUGCGUUUUCAGAUUCACCACUCAACAACUUCCUGUUUUUACCGAACACUUACAUAUUUUUACACUAUUAAAAUUAUCCAUAUUUGGGUGGGGGUAUCAUCAGUGAGCAGUAGCUCGUGGUUUCACUUGUUAAAUUCUAAUUAAAGAUUGAAUUAAAGAUUGCACUUCUAUCUGACCCUACAUUUAUCUGAUCAAUAUCUUGCACGUAUAUAGGGGUAAUAAGUUUAGAGUAAUUUUACACAAAUUGACUAUUUAUUUACUUAGCACUUUUCAGUUUACUCUGAAGCAGCCAAUGAAUUCAAAAUUGAAUAGGAUUAAUAAAAAGUCAAUAAAUAGAAACAUGAAGGACUUUACUGUUACAUUAUUGUGCAUUGUUGUUAUUGGUGUCAGUAAAAUGUUUUGGAAUCUUGAUGAAUCUUUCAAAUUUAGUAGGAAAGUCCCAAUGAAUUGGUAUUAUAUAUUAUGUAUUUGGUGAAGUUAGAAACUGUUUGUUUGUAGUACCAUUUAUCUAUGGAUAUGUUUAUGAUUAUUUCAGGAACUACACAGCAAAAAAAAACGAUAUAAAAUGGGAAGAAAGAUAUAUGUAUUAGGUCAUGCAUUGUAUUAGAAAAUACAACAUUUUUGGUUUUUAGGAAACCUUCUAUUACUUUGACAUUGUUGUCAUACAGUCAUAAUUGUAUGAAUUUCAAGUCUUUUAGAUAGAUUUUAAAUCUCUUUUCACCAAAGCCCAUGACAAUCCUGAUAAUAUCAGUUUCUCCAAGGGAGAUGUACAGAAGUAAAUCUAUUAUUGAAGAUUUAAAAAGACACUGAAUAAUGAUACAAUGUCAUUUAGUAGUUUUGGUUUCCUUUAUAUUUUGCAUGCAUGAAUGAUUAUAUUUCCUUCUUUAAAGUAAGAUUAAGCCCAUGAAAACAUGUAAACAUUAUGCUAUCAGUUUCUCCAAGGGAAAUGUACAGAAGUAAACACAUUACUAAAGAUUAAAAAAAUACUUUUAAUGAUACAUGUAGCAGCCUUGAUAUCCUUUAAUGGUUGCAUGCAUGUUUAAAGUUACGUUUAAAAAAAAAAGAAUUUUCUGAGCUGUCAAGAUCAAAAGAAUAUCUUGGUAUUAUCAAAAAUAAAACAUUUUGGUUCAAUUACAAUUUGAACAAGCAUAUGUGAAAGGUCCUUCAAACUAAAAAAAAAAUUAAAAGAUAUUUAGACAACAAUAAACAGUCUUUGUCUAUGGAUUUACAUAUUUUUGAACUCCGAUUGGGCACUUCUUUGUAUCAACUGAAGUUGUAAACAAUCAAAGUGAUAUGUCAUGCACAUAGAAAACUUGAGGGCCUGAAUUUUACUUCAAAAGGAAGUAAAAGUUUAAAGCAUUUUAAAAUGCAUCUAAAAUAUCCUCUCUCUUUUUACCUAUAUUUUUUUCGACAGGUAAGAAAUGUUUUAAUAACUCAGAGAUCUCUUUAAGAAAAUUAUAAUAGUUAUAUGCAGCUUUCAAAAUUCUAUCAAUGACAAGCUAUAGAAAUGACUAUGUAUUUAAAUCUUGAAACUAAUCAAUUGCUCAUAAAAAAGGCUCAACAAAAUGAAAUCAGAAUUUCAUAAUUAUAUGAAUGCUGUAGGAACUUAUUCUUAUUUUAGAAAAGGUUAUUAGUAAUAUUUAGAAAAGGCUGGGUGUGAAUUAUAAACAUUGUAGCAAUAACCCAAGAUAUUAGUAGGUCAUAUUUUCUUUGAUUUUAUGUUAAGACCUGUAAUAAGCUACAUGCACUGCAAUUAAUUACAAUAAAUUGUUCAGAUCUACACCAUAUACUUUGUUCUUCCUUAUAGCCUCCACAUCUUUAAAACAAAUUCAAAUAGUAUGUCCUCAGGUAAACAUAAACCAAAUAUCAUAAUGACAUGAGUAUCAAUUGUGAGAAGAGUCUGAUCUUUGGAUCUUACUUUCUGGCUAAGAUUAAAUCUGGAUUAAAAAAAGGUGUAUGGCAAAAAAACAAUAAAAAAAAAUUCACUUUUUCAUCAGUUUUAAUUUCAUAAACAUAAUUCCUUUUUUUGAAAAUUCAUUGAAAUCUGCUUGGUGCUUAAUGAGUAGAAUUUAUAUUGACAAAUUCACACAGAAUUGUGAAUGAAAUGAUAUUGUAAUUGUUAUGGUUGUGAUUAUUGUAUAUAAUUUUAUUGAGAUAUGUCUUAAUUUAUUUUGUAAUAUGUGCAAUAUUUUACAUUGUAUUUUGAUUUGAUAUACAAGCAUGAGUUGUAAGAUAGUUCUUGUAAUAAAUAUUUUAUUAAUUGA